AUGAUAUUCGAUAUAUAUAAUCCUGGUGAAAAAAUAGAAAAUGAGUUUUUAAAAGAAAAAAUUAGAUCAAAAAUAAAUGAAAUGCUAAAAUGGAAAAGAAAGGGAUUUCCUGGUAGUAACCCGGUUUCCUUAACAAACCAUAAUAUAAAGAAUUUAUUUAGAAAGGAAUACAUAAUAUGUGAAAAAACAGAUGGAGUUAGAUAUUUUUUAUUUAUAGCGUCUAAUACUACAUUUUUAAUUGAUAGAAAUUAUGAAAUUUUUAAAAAUGAUAUGCAUAUUCCAAUGAAGGAAGAUUUAUCAAAAAAACAACAGUUAACUUUACUAGAUGGAGAAUUAGUAGAGGAUAUAGUUUUUGAUGAAAAAAGAGGUAUUGAAGAAAAAAAAAUUGUUUAUUUAAUUUAUGAUGGACUAUACAUACAAAGAAAGGAUAUAACAAAUCUUUCUUAUUUAGAUAGAUUAACAUAUGUCUAUAAUAAUGUUAUAACUCCUUUGAAAAUUUAUAAAAAAAAAAAUUUUAAAAAUAAAAAUUUUAAUCAUUCAUUAGAAUCAGUAUAUGAUGAUGUAAGCAUAAAGAAAAGAAAAUACAAUUCUACCAAUGAAUAUGAUGAAGAAAGUGGAAGUUUGGAUACAAAAGUAAACAAUAAUAUAAAUAUCUCAGAUAUUUCUAAUAUAAAUGAUACAAAUUAUAAUGAAACUAAUUAUACUUAUGAAAAAAGUAAUAGUAGCAUUAAUAUAGGCAAUGAAAUUAGCUACAGUGACUGUGAUAUUAAUGAUAAUAUUAGCUCAUCAUAUUCAUCUACAAAUUAUGAUAAUGAUUGCCCAUUUGAAAUUUAUUUAAAGGAUUUUUAUAGCAUUGAUAAAAUAUGUGAAUUAACAAAAAUAAUGAAAAAGUUACCCCAUCCAUCAGAUGGUAUUAUUUUUACACCUUUAAAUUCUUCUUAUGUAACAGGAAAUUUUUAUCAUUUACUAAAAUGGAAACCUUUAAAUUUAAAUACAGUGGAUUUUGGAAUAGAAACUGUUUAUGACGAAAAUAAUUUACCAAAUAAAUUUGAAUUAUUCAUUUCUAUUAACGGAGUAAGAACAUCCUAUAAAUGCUAUUUAGCGCAGUAUGGGGAUGUAUAUAAAGAAUUGCUACAAUUAGCUCUUAAUAAUAAAAUUUCUCAUUAUAUUAUUGAAUGCUAUUAUGUUUCAAAAAAUAUAUAUUCUAUACGUAAAAAUGAUAAUUCAACUGAAACUGAAAUAGAAGGAGGAUGGAUUGCUCAAAAAAUUCGAUAUGAUAAAAAUAUUCCUAAUGAUAUCUCAACAUUAAAUAAAGUUAUUCAAAGUAUUCUUGACAAUAUAACUAUAGAUUCGUUAAUUAAAGAAAUUUUAAGGAAUAAAAAAGGUAUGUAA